ACGAUGAAUAUUUAUGUAUGGCCGAGAGGAGGUCACAUAAAUGUCUAAAAUUUGUGAGAAAAGCAAUUUAGUUAAUUCUAAAGACGAGGGUUACUUUUGUUAAUAGUUAAUUCAUGAAGGGCAACUUUAGAAACUUCUAGAAUCAUAACAAACAUUUAACAGUGUAAGGAUUAGGUUGAAGCAAGAUAACAAUCUCACCAAUGGCUUCUUCUUCCUCAGCUGCGUCUGUAUCUCUAAUGGCUUCCCAAACCCUAAUCCUCCAAAACCCUACCUACCUUACCCCCACCAGACCCUCAAUCAUCACUCUUUCGAACCGCAGAUCCCACUUCUCUUCAAAACCCCUUCAAUUUUCUCGCACAAACCCUAACAAAACCCUAAUUUCCGCCUCAUCGUCUUCUUCAUCAUCAUCACCAACAAUAACCCCAAAUCCACCGUCGGAAACGCUACUCACCGGGUCAACCCGAACCCUCACAACCCUACUCGCACUCGUCGUUACAGCAUCCAAACUCUUCACCCACAAACUCACCAAUUUCGCCCUAAAUUUAAACCUGCAACAAACCCUAGUUUCCGCCACCGGCCCGUUGUUCUUCGCCACCAUGAGUGGGCGGCCUGCGCGGCUGCACACGCCGCUGACGGUGGUGGCGGCUGGAAUGGCGAAAUGGCUGGAUAUAUACAGUGGGGUUUUGUUGGUUAGGGUUUUGUUGAGUUGGUUUCCGAAUAUUCCGUGGGAUAGACAGCCGUUAUCGGCUAUUAGGGACUUGUGUGAUCCGUAUUUGAAUUUGUUUAGGAAUAUUAUCCCCCCGCUUUUCGAUACAUUGGAUGUUAGCCCGUUGUUGGCGUUUGCGGUUCUCGGGUUUCUGGCUGGAGUUCUUAAGAACAGCAGGAUGGGGUAUUAAGAGAAAUGAGGUCUGCAAGUUUGUAGAUACGGUUUGAUGGAUUAUUCAGAAGCUUCAUGGCAAGGUUGUUCUCUCGGCGUCUUCAAAUUUUGCUUCUUUUUUAUAAUAUUCCUGAACAAAUAACUUGUUGAAGGUACUAUAGCAUUAGCAAAGUUUGCUAGGCAAUCAAUUGGCUGCUUAUAUAUCGCCUUUAGAUGGAUUUUUAUCAAUGAUACGUACGGAUUUUUAUUUAAAUGGCUGUUUCCUGCGUUUUAUCUUAAACAUUUACAUGCUUGUUUCCAUGUUUGAUUAAAA